UUAGUCGCCAGUGCGCGGUUGCCGAGUAGUUUGGCAAUAGCGGGCAAACGCUGAACCGAGAACGUGGUGUUGUGUAAACGUCUUCGACGCUCAGUUACUGAGAUGUAGGCAGAGGGAUGCGAGUAUCCUUAUUUGUGGGAGAUUUAUGCGCAGUGAUGAUGAAGAGGAUAAUGCCAUCCAGCUUCACUUGUUGGGACUUUGCCGUCAGGCGGCACCUACACAUGCUGAUAUGCGUUCUGCUUAUGCAGACCACGGCAUUCGCAACGGGACAUGUCGUAGAAAGUUUGACGACGGCUUGCGAUUGGAGAGGAAGUUCGCCCUCCACCGAUCCCGACCUGCGACUCGUGAAGCCGAUCGACCUUCGCUGCUCCGAAGGUUACGUGCAGUGGGUGUACCCGUACGGCGCUCUGCGCAUCACGCUGCAGCAGCGCGCGGGCAGAGACUUCUACGGCUGCAUACGGGCCGACUGCGACUUUCGCGGCGCGCUCGUGUACACGAUGGACGGAGCGAGCCUGCGCGUGCUACUGAGUCCACGAGACGGAGAACCGCUGCAGCGAGAGCGCUGCUUUCACUCGCAGGGCGGCCGCGUCGUGCUGUUCAUGGAAGCGGAGCUCGGCAAUAACCUCGUGAAGAGAAACACGGCCGGCUUCCGCUACGAUCUCAACAUGCGGCCUCCGCGGGAGGACGACGAGAGCCUAGAAGCGUGUCGACCGUGUAAUUCCACCGAAUUGGUCGCGGCCUUCUGUAGGAGUGACUACGCUGUGAGAGGUUCCAUAGCGUCUGUGACUCAUCACCACUCCAUGCUGGAGACGAGAAUCGGCGUGAAAGUUGCGAAGAUCCACCACCAGGUGGAGCCGGUGUUCACGACGAAGAGGGCGCUGCGCGAUAGCGUGGACAUUCGCGUGCCGCUAGAGUGUCAGGUGAAGAAGGGCCGAGGACAGUUCCUGUUCUUAGGGAAGAUACAGCUCGGACUUCCUCGCCUGCAGUGCGCACCACGUUUCAAGGAGUGGGAGAUAGUUCGGCAUCGCGCCGUCGCGGAAGGCUGGAAUGAUUGCUCACUCGACUAGACUCUAUGGUGGCGCCAUCUGCGAGCACGGUUCGCUUAACUAACAUGGUGCUAUGCCAUCCACGUAUAUACUGUUGUGAUAAAAGUGUACUGGGGUUGCAGAUUGUUUGAGGAAUAGUCUGUGAUGGCCUGGCGGUUGUCUCGUGCUUAGUGUGUGCUUAGGGACCAAGAUACAGCAUCGUGCUUCUGUACAUUCCCCGGACCAUCCAAUUGUACUUAGCUUACGUUGAGUACUAAGUCCGCGUGUACCAUACAAACAUUCCAUGUACCUACAUGUUUUGUACUAUUUGUAUCUCUCUGUCUCUCCCCUCCCCAUUUCUGUGUAACUCUCGCUCUCUUACUAUCUUUGUCUACUUUUCUUUUUUC